CGGACACCUAGGCUUGCUCCUAUCCCCCGACUCUCGGAGUGGACGAUGUGAUGACUAUGAAUACUCCGUCAUCGUGGGGCCAGGAAGUCGCUGGAUCUGAGCAACACCGUGACCCAGGUCCUGCCAGCACCCCCGCUCCCAAAAAGCGCAAGACGGUACCGAAGAACGUAAAAAAUAAAUCUGGUAAAAACGCGCGUUUUGAACGACCUGUUGAAACCAACACACAGCCGAAGGUUGCUUCUGUCCCGUCAUCUGUUCCCUUGCCCGAACCACCAGCAAGAACGAGGGUAGCACCUCCUAGACCCACGUCCUCUCCGACUCAUUCCCCUAAACCUCCCACUCUUGUUCGUCCCGCUGAUGCGUCCACCGUUGUUCGUUAUCUCAUAGAUCCUGAACAAUCUGCGGGUGCGCAGCCUAAUGCAUCUCCCCUUGGACGGGAAUUACCUUCUUCGAUACGAGUUGCACUUGAUCACGACCAGUCUGUUGCUGUUACUAGCAUUUGCAAUGGUGAUGCAACGCCGUCAACUCCCGUUGUUCGCAUGGUCGCUGGUCCCGCAGGUUCAGGUAAAAGCAGGGUGAUAACCGCAGCAGUGCAAUGGCUUUGUUCCGGGAGCAGCUCAGAGCCUUCAACUUGCUACAUUGUAACCCGAGACGACUCAGGAAUUUUCGGGCUGGCUAGAAACUUUCAAUUAAAUGGGUUCGAAGAUUUCAAGGCUAUUAUAUCUGGAGAAACAGAUUUGGUCAAAUCCACCCCCUAGAGGACAAGUUCCUGAGACGUACCAUUUUGGAAGAAGGUCUGCCUAAGCUGCGCUCGACAUUCGGCGCUGUUUGUGUGGUUUUAUGCACACUCGAAGUCUUCACAAAAUUGGGGAUGUCCAAGUUGCUGCAGCUCAUUCCCCCAGAAAUUGUUGUUUGCGAGGACUCGAAUCAAAUUCCCAUUGACGGCCUGUAUGAACCAUUAGAAGCGUAUCGAGAUU